AUGGCUGAACCACCGCCCGCAUAUGAUGCCGUGACCAGUCCAUACGCCGCCAAUAACAUGAAUACUGUGAAAGAAUGUGAGGUUACUUAUCAACAGCGUCCUGCAUCUGAGCAACGGCCAGGGAAUGAGCCAUCAGCGCCAAACUAUGCCGCAGCUACCGCAGCCAACACAACCACAACAUCAGCGCCACCACCACCUGCAACGACAGUAUAUGUGAAUACGUUGGUGUACGGCGAAUUUCCGAUUAGAAUGUGCUGUCGGUAUUGCAAUGCCGAUAUUCUCACUAAAACGACUUAUCAAGCUGGCCUCUUAACGUGGCUCCUUUGCGGUGGCCUUGCCUUAUUUGGGUUCAUUCCUUUCACAUGUCUCAUACUCUAUAAUUAA